AUGAACAGUGAACAAAAAUGUACGGGGAUAGCCUGUGGAAAUCCCGCGAGAUUGCAAUGCCCUACUUGCUUGAAGAAUGGCAUUUCAGGCUCUUACUUCUGUACACAAGAGUGCUUUAAAAAGAACUGGGCUACCCACAAACCCAUUCACGAUAAAGGAAAUACAUAUAUUCCAAAGUAUAAUUAUACCGGUUCGUUGCGAGCGGUCUACCCUUUGUCACCUCGAAGACCAGUACCACCGCACAUAAUAAGACCGGACUAUGCAGACGAUUUCACAGGCCAACCGAAAUCUGAGCAAAGCGUCCGUAACAGUACCACAAUAAAAGUCCUGAAUGAAGAAGAAAUUGAGGGCAUGCGAACUGUUUGCAAGCUUGCUCGCGAAGUAUUAGAUAUUGCAGCGGCAGCCAUAAAACCUGGUGUCACUACGGAUGAGUUAGAUCGGAUAGUUCAUGAAGCUACGAUAGAACGCGAUUCUUAUCCAUCUCCGCUAAAUUAUUAUGGGUUUCCAAAAUCAGUCUGCACUUCGGUGAAUGAAGGUAAGUUUGAAGCGCGUGUUUUCCUAGCUGCCGGCCGACAUUUGUUGAAUCAGUUUCACCUUUCAUCAGUUAUCUGUCACGGAAUACCCGAUCAGCGCGAACUUCAGGAUGGCGAUAUCGUCAACGUGGAUGUCACGUUGUAUCAUAACGGUUUUCAUGGAGAUCUUAACGAAAUCUAUCCAGUUGGGAACAUAGACGAAGAUAGCAAGAGGUUAUUGCGAACUGCAAAGGAAUGUCUGGACAAGGCAAUAGAACAUGUCAAGCCAGGCUUUUUAUAUCGUAAUCUUGGAGCAAUUAUAGAGAAAACGGCAAAGGAAAACAACUGUUCUGUCGUUAGCUCGUAUUGUGGACAUGGAAUUCAUAGGCUCUUUCAUUGUGCGCCUAGUGUUCCUCAUUACAAAAAAAAUAAGGCUGUGGGCAUCAUGAAACCUGGCCACGUAUUCACGAUAGAGCCAAUGAUAAAUCUUGGAACUUGGAAAGAUCAGCUCUGGCCUGAUAACUGGACAGCGGUCACUGUAGACGGAAAACGAAGUGCACAAUUCGAGCACACGCUUCUUGUGACCGAAACUGGUGUUGAAGUAUUGACAGCUAGAGCAAAUGAAAAGCGAAUUUAUCCAUAA